CGGAAGAAAGGGAACGAGUGUGAUUUCCUCUCUCUCUCUCUCUCUCUCUCUCUCUUUCUUUUUCUUUUUUUAAUUCUUUUUUCUGCACGUGCCGCCCUCGGGAAAGUUAAAGGGGCCCCGGUCACGGAGGAGAAGAGCGCAUGGUAGGAGGGCAGCUGAUGGUCCUCCUCCUCCUCCUCCUCCUCCUCAUCAUCAUCAGCAGCAGCAGCAGGGGCAGCACGGGCUUUUUUUCUGCACCGAGGAGGGAUCCGUGUGAAGGGGGAGGCGCCCGAGCGUGGCGACUGCCGCCCGAAUUUAACAAUUAACCUUGAUGAACACAGAUUGGUUUCACUCAGCCGAGCAGGCGCAGGUGCGUGGAGCGGAGCGAUCCCGCGGUUUACGGCCGGACACUGACGCAUUUCGCGUGAAAGAAACUACACGGAUUGAGGAUAUCGCAGCUGUAUCUUCUUCUUCUUCUUUUUUUUUUUUUUCUUUUUUUUCGCUCUCUCUCUCCCCCCCCCCACCUAGCUCCCUCCCUCCCUCCCUCCCUCCGACGGGACAGGAUGCGUGUUACAGCGGGAGCCCGUCCGAUACUCAUCCGAAUUCGGGAGCGCCGCUGAAAAUCGAUUUUGGGGGAGCGUAUAUCGGAAUUUGACCGCCGUGUCAUUGCCCAGCAGCUGAGAAGCCCGAGGAGAGAGGAAGAAGGAGGAGGAGGAGGAGGAGGAGGAGAAGAAGAAGAAGAAGACGAAGAAGAAGAGAGCGGGGGGUGGGGGGGGGGGGAAUAAAAACCUGUCCGCUUCGCUACUCUUCAUCUGCGCCCUGGACUGGCUUGAAAUGAGGACCACAUCCCGGCUGUUAAGAAAGGCAAAAUAAAAGAGCUGGGCCGGCAGCGUGUGUGUGAGUGUGUGUGCGCGCGUGUGUGAGUGAUUGAGUGAGUGAGUGCGUGCGUGUGUGUGUGUGUGUGUGUGUGUGUGUGUGUGUGUUUCUCUUCGGCUCUCAAGGACGCAAAUACAAAAAAAAAAAAAAGUGGCCGCCGGUCCGGGCCGAGCUGAAGGGGAAGCAUGGAGCGGGACGACACCGACACCGUGAGCCCGUCCAAAAAGACGAUCAUCGCGAAAAUCUUUAAAGUUCGCAAGAGGAGGGAGAUGCUGUUCGUGCAGGUGUGCUUCGUGUGCAGUGUCCUCUUCGCGGCGUGGAGCAUGUCGGCGCUGCUGACCAAGACAGGCCACGGGAUGAUUGUGGAGGGACAUCCGGAUGAACACUGGGGAAGACGGCUUAUGGCUUCGGUGCCAGACAACGAAACAGAGGCGAAGAACUGCUCAGAACCAGCAAUACACGAGUUCCCCAGUGACAUUUUCACCAACCAAGAACGGAAGAGUGGGGCCGUUCUGCUCCACAUCGCCGCGGCACUCUACAUGUUCCUGGCCCUCGCCAUCGUCUGCGACGAAUACUUUGUUACAUCACUGGAGAAGAUCUGCGAGAAACUGGAUCUGAGUGAAGACGUUGCUGGAGCCACCUUCAUGGCAGCUGGCAGUUCUGCGCCAGAGCUUUUUGCAUCUGUCAUUGGUGUCUUCAUCACCCACGGUGAUGUGGGGGUGGGGACCAUCGUCGGCUCAGCGGUCUUCAACAUCCUUUGCAUUAUCGGUGUCUGUGGGAUCUUUGCUGGACAGGUGGUGAUAUUGACCUGGUGGGCAGUUUUCAGGGAUUCCUUCUACUACAUCCUGUCUGUCUUGGCUUUGAUUGCAUUUAUCUACGAUGAGAAGAUAGUUUGGUGGGAGAGUUUGGUGCUGGUUGUCAUGUACGCUGGAUAUAUCCUUGUCAUGAAAUUCAACUCCAGCAUGCAGAGAUUUUUCAUGGGGAAGUCGAAGAAGAACGUAGCCAAUGGUAACGCUGCAGCCAGCAGUGAAAUGGAGGACGGUAAUACUAGUUAUGACUAUGUCUGGGAUGACGACCCGUCAUCGCCUUUAAUAUCAGCAGUCAAGCCAACCAAGGCUUACAGCCGUGGAUCUGUAGUGAUGGUGGACGAGAUCAUGAACGCCAGCCCUUCGAAGUUCAGGUUUCCUGAAGCUGGCCUCCGUGUCAUGGUCACCAGCCAUUUUGGACCCAAAACGCGUCUGCGCAUGGCCAGUCGCCUCAUCAUUACAGAGAAGUUGGUCCAAGCAGCCAAUGGAAUGGAGACACAAGUGAUCGACGGGAAAGUGGAAAUCGAGAAUGGAAACGUGCCAGAGGACAAACCUAAGGAGUCGGAGCAAAGUGACAGCAUCUCACCAUUUCAUGUUCCAAGUGGUAUUGGCAGCAAGGUGAAGUGGCUCAUCUCAUGGCCGCUGCUGUUACUGCUGUUCUUUACAAUCCCCAACUGUGCCAAGGCUCGCUGGGAGAAAUUCUUCAUGGUUUCCUUCAUCCUGUCCACCAUCUGGAUCGCCGUCUUCUCCUACUUCAUGGUCUGGAUGGUGACUAUUAUUGGAUACACUCUGGGAAUCCCUGAUGUCAUCAUGGGCAUCACUUUCCUGGCAGCAGGCACCAGCGUCCCAGACUGCAUAGCCUCUCUCAUUGUGGCUCGGCAAGGUUUGGGAGACAUGGCAGUGUCCAACACUAUUGGCAGCAAUGUGUUUGAUAUUCUGGUGGGCCUUGGGGUCCCCUGGGCAUUACAGACCAUGUGUGUCGACUAUGGAUCAGUGGUGAUGAUUAACAGCCGGGGCCUGCUGUACUCGGUGGUGCUUCUGCUCGGCUCUGUGGCCCUCACGGUGCUGGGAAUCCACCUGAAUAAAUGGAGGCUGGACACGAAGCUGGGCCUGUACGUCCUCAUCUUGUACGCCAUCUUCCUCUGCUUCUCCGUCAUGAUCGAGUACAACGUCUUCACCUUCGUCAACCUGCCCAUGUGCAUGGAAGAGUAGAGCACAAGCAGCAUGCCUCGGAUACCAGAACCUCAACAAUCCCCAUAGCAACCCCCAAAUGUUUUUUCUAUUUUCUUUUUUUUCUUUUUUCAAUAAUACUGGACUGAUCUGCAGACUCUGUUUUUUUUUUUUUUUCCUCCUCCUCCCUUGCGCUCUCUCGCUUGUAAUCCAUCCAGCCCCAAAUACGAAUCCCAUUUCCUCAAGAGGCAGUACGCGCCGUAAGAGUGGACUCCAUUCUGUGUCUCUAAUUUGUCCUCUUGUCACACAGUGCCAGUCCUUAAAGCCCAUUUUUUCGGGCAUUGCCUGUUAUUGCAGUAAAUUCUUUAUUUCCUCUGUGCGCCUGUUAACCUUCUACCCAUCUAGCAUGCCUUUUAGAUGUCGGGGACCUCCAGAAUCAUAAAGUGCCCCUGUUGAUUGUUGGUGUGUGUUUUCACCGUUUUCACAUUGUAGAUUUUUCCACACAACAUUUCCAAAGCUUUUUUCCAAAAACCAAACCAGAGUCUGAGAAGAAAAAAACAACUCCUAAGACUCCAAACAAACCACCACUCCCCCAUGUAGAGAUAACUCUCCUUGAAGUCAUUCCUCAAUCAAUUAGCUACCCCAGCACCCAAAGAAAAGAAGUACACUUGUUUUUUCCCCCGUUUGACCCCCCCGGAGGAGGGCUUUGUCCUUGGCAGCUCCCCUCCUCCAGCCUGGACCCAACUACACCCUGGCAUGGCCUUUGGCAUCAGGGAGCAGAUACUGUUAGCGCUUCACUUACCCUCUGCAACUCUUCUUAAACCUCAUCUGCUCGAUCAAAUCUACUUUGUUUUCUUUACAAAAAAAAAGAGAAAAAAAAGACAUUUUGUCAGGACACUUUGUGUCAAGAUGUAUCACAGUCCAGAUCAGUUGACUGUGAGGGUGUUAUGCAUAUGCAGCACGGCACAAUGUAAACUUGUAAACACUUCUUUAUUUUUGCUGUCUGUCUGUCUUUUUUUUUUUUGUAUUUAUUUUUUUGAAACCAAGGUUUUGUCUAGUAUGAAAUACGGAGAGCUUGUUGCAAAUAUAGGACAUUGCCUGUUUUUCACUGAAACAAAUUGCACAUGGAAACGCUUUUUCUUGCUUUGUGCUGUAAGGAGAUUCGACCACUCAGAGUGGGGUGUCCGGCUGGUGGUGGCAGCGGCGGCCCCGCUCCGGCGUUUUAUUUUCGUUCAGUGAUGGGUCGGUCCACUUUUCCCUUCUGCACAACUUCUGAAACAAACUGGCUCCAGAUCUGUGGGGACCCAUCUGAUUUUUGUCAUCAUCAGGUGACUUGUUCUCAUCUCGAGGCGGCAGCAGCAGAACGGAGGCAGUUGUUUAAAAAAAAAAAAAAAAAAAAAAACAACGAAAAAACAAAACAAAUGCAAAGAAACCAAGAUGGUUCUAAACACUGACUGUCUGCUGUAACACCUUCUGGCCAGUAGGGGGUACUGCAGCCCCUCUACCCAGGACAGGGGUGCCAACCACAGCCGUCGGUUAUCAGGGAAACUCGGAGAUGGACAACUCCAGGAGGUGUCGAUGGUGAUGGUCUGUUGAUUUUGAGUUACAUGUAGAUAUUGCACUUUAACAGCCGUCCUCUCAUUCUGAAUCAACUAGUGCUUCCUUCUGUGUGUGUGUUUGUGUGUGGGUGCGUGUGAGGAUGUGUGUGUAUGUGUAUUUUCAGUGUACAUGUGACUGUGUGUGUGUGUGUGUGUGUGUGUGUGUGUGCGCGCGAAAGAGAGAGAACAUUGUAUGCGUGUGUGCUAUGUUUCUCACACCAGGCUCCUGAACAGAACCGGGACCUCGUUAACACCAUGAGCACACCCGCCUCUUGUCUGCAGUGCAUGCUGGGACAUUUUAAAAAAAAACAAAAAAAAAACCUGCAGCUCCUCCACAGCACAGCGAAAAGGCUGAGGGCUUCUGGGCAAUCUCCAUGGAAACAGCCCCGACCCACUUUACAAAAACCGGCAGCUACGAGCUACACUGCAAUCCAGACAUUUUGACCAUCAUGCAAAAAUGCCUGUGAGGAGUCCACGAGCGAGGUGCAGAGACUUUAAAAAAAAAAAAAACAGAACUCAAACGCGUGUGAGGAGUGUUCUAAGUGUUGAAAUUAUUCCUCUGCCACGCUUGUCGGCAGCAGGGCUCAUGUAUAUGCAAUCUCAAUUUAAAGAAUUCUAUGUGACGGAAGGCCCCUGGGAGGUUGCCAUAUAAAGACACAGGGGGAUCCCGUGGAGAUGUGACGUCGGUUUGUCUAGUAGUAACUUGAUGUAUGAGCUCACAGGUGUUCCUAAAGGAUGGACGUUUCUGGAGCAGCAGCUUUUUGAGGGGAAGUCUGAUGUCCCUCUUCACCCCUCCUACAUACACACACACACGCGCGCUCCUAUCCCCCCCUCUUUCUCCACUCUUGUCCCCUCUUGCACAAGGGCAUUAACUCUCCACCAACCCCUAGCUGAAGGAGCAGAGGGGGCAGCAGGGAAUGCACGGAUAGAUGAAUGGAUGGCUUUUCUUCUCCACCGCCCUCUGGACUUUUUAAAGGACCUGGAUGAGAGCAGACUUUAAGGAAUUUAAAAAAAAAAAAAAAAAAAGGCAGGACCCCCCUUAAGCUGCUACUCUGACAGGGUCCGAACAGCUGUGUUUUACUGGACGGAGGUGACCACACAGGGCCCAUUGACGCCUCCACACACCCACUGGUAUCCCUCUACACCUCCCUUCCUCCCCCGCAACCUUCUCAGUGGGUCCUCUGUACAUACAGGACCUGAAUUUUAUUUUUUUAGGACGCUUUCUGUGGGGAAGGAACAUCUGUACUGUACUUGAGUUGAUUCAGAAUGUGCAGUGUUAAGGUUUUUGUUUUUUGUUGUUGUUGUUUAUUGUGUGCAUAUAUUUUGUUGUUGCUCUGUGUGGUCAUGUCCAGGGUUGCCAGGUUUGAGUGGUUAACGCCACAGCAGGGGAACAAAACAAAACAAAACAAACACACAGCUUUUCUUUUUGUCCUCAUCUUGACACACAGUGUACGUUCUCACCGGUUGUCUAAAUUGCAUCUUUAUUACCAAAUCACUUUUUUUGGAAGAAGAGAGAAAAAAAACAAACAAACGUAGAAUUCAGAUGCCAUACUUUUGUCGUAGCGCCGCGUAAAUCCAGAUUGUAUGGAAGUCCUGUGUACAAACUUAAGCGCACACACAGAAAUGGCCAAUCGAACACGAGACAAGACCGGUAUGUAUUUCUUGAUUGAAUGCGACCUGAUGCACUGUGAGCUCAAUGUGACGUGGGAGUUGUUUGUCAAGAAUAAUAAAUGAUUAAAAAAUAUAUUUAAUGUAAAGUUAGUUACUAUAAAACAUUACUGAGGACAUCUGUAUAACUUAUAUGAAUGUAUUGUCUUGCUAUACUGGACAUAUCCAACCAAUGCAUUUUACUGUAAAGCAAUAAUGUGAAGAAAAAAAAAUAAAAUGGCAAAAUAAUUCCUGUA